AUCUCAUCGGUUAGAAGUAUUUCACUUUCUCAGCUUAAAUCAUGUUUUUUUUAUUUCGGAAUUUGGAUUUUCAUUCGUAAUCAAUUCGAUUUCGUGUUUUGUGUUCCCUUUUAAGUUCUUCUGUUGCUUCUGUUUGGAAUGUUAAAAACCACUCUGGCAUUCUCUCGACCAGUUUGUGGAAGAUGCAAAUUUGGAAUAGACUGCGUGUUUGUGUUAUAAGCUCCAAUGGCAACUGAGAAGAGUCCAACUGAGAAUCCAUCAUCCAUAGCUUCUACCCCAGCUGCAACUUCAUGCCGGAAGAAGAAGAGUGAAAGUGGAACAUUCCUAGAAGAUGUGAAAGAUCAUAUUGAUGAAUUCAUCCAUGCUUCUAUGGACGAACACAAAACUUGCUUCCAAAAGACAAUCAAGAAGAUGUUCGGGAUGUCAAAAGCUGUUGCAGAGAGGAAUGCUGAGGCCAAGGAAGUUGAAAGUUCUUUGCCUCUUCGAACAACUGUAGCUGAGUAAGGUGUACUCUUUCCUGCCUUGACAUGAACUUCAUGGAUAUAUUUAGUUGUCACCAUGUUUUAGAUAUGUUAAAGAAGUCAUGCUUUGAGGCUGAUCCUUGGAAGUUGCUAGAAAAUGUGUAUGCUAAUAAGGAUGAACUUCAUGUAAAUCUUGUACUUUUCAAUCUUGAGCCCGAACUAUAUUCACAGCAUCUUGCAUUUUCAUA